CUCAGCCUCCCAAAGUGCUGGGAUUACAAGCAUGAGCCACAUGCCUGGUCCAAGCCCCAUAUUAAUAAGAGAAUUCUAAUUACCUUCCAAACUUGGAGACCCAACCUGGUGGAGGCAGGGAGCAAUUAGCCAUAUGUGGAUGCUGACUGUAAUCAGGAAAACUGUAAUGGAUAUGCCAACACCCCAAGUAGCAGCACUGAAAACUGGUGAGCUGCUAAAUUUGCACUUUAUUUGAAAAUGACAACUAGAUGAAAAUAUAUUUUGAAAAAGACCCAGGCUGAUGCCUUCUGCUUUUUCUGGGGUGUGAAUUCAGUCAAUAAAACUUGCCCCUUGAUUCAUCCAUUUCUCAAAAGUUUGGAUCUACUGACUACACACACACACACACACACACACACACAGAGAGAGAGAGAGAGAGAGAGAAAUUCCAUCAGCAUUUUGCAAAAGAACAAUUUGGAAGAGAAAUGUAUUAAAUCCUCAGGGAAAUUAAACCCAAAUAAUCCAAUAAUGGCAUUACAAAAUUAACACUAGACUAUGAAUUGAAUUAAUUGCCUCCUACUGUGGUGUUCUUGGCUACCACAGACCAAAACAAAUGAAGCCAAUGAUGUCAAAUGCCUUAAGAGAGACCACAGGCAAGUUUGUAUCACAAGAGUUCACCCACUGUGGUUUUUCAGCUUUCUGGCUUGUUCUGGAGAUCAAUACGAAGAAAGAUCUUCACUUCUGCCAUCUCAUGUCUCAAAUUACAUACGGUAGGUUGGUGAGAGAUGUGAGAGGUGGCACAGUGCUAGACACAACAGAGCAAUUUUACGACUCUUUGUGAAUUACCUCUAACUGUCUGUGUCUAGAAGUAGCUGGACUGUUGGAAAUCCAUGCAAGUCUUUUUCUCCUGAAAGGGCUGAGGGACUGGUGGGAACAAGUAAAGGUGUCUCUAGAACCCAGGCAGUCUAGUGAUAAGGCAGAUAUUUAAGAACAAUCAGCUGCUCCAAAAGAGAUUCACUUUGGCAUUUCAGUAAAUAUGCAUUUAUUUCUGUAAAUUCUCUUUUAAUGCCAUGAUGUCAGCAUGCCUUUGGCAAUACGUGAUUACCUAAAUAAUAUGUGUCCUGGGACAAACAAAAUUAGCAUGUAUAUGACUUACCAGGCCCCUGCUCAUCUUCCUAAGGACUUUGAGAAGGAAGGAAGGAUGCAGCAUCUUGAUGGAAAGAAAAUUUUGGUGAUUUACACAGCUUUACAAAAUAAGACCCCUAGAGCAAAUACAGAGGGUCUGACUGCCUCCAGCUUCUCCUGAGACUCCAGUUUGUCAAAAUGCCUCUCGAGUAUUUGCUCGUAUACACAUCCUUCACGUUACAGCUGACACUGACCCCUGAAGCUUUUUAAUUACCAAACAGCAUUUUACCAAAAAACGGAUUCGUGGUAUUUUGUUGGGAUAUUAUAAUUUUUUCACAUUCUUAAUUUUGUUUGACAUUUUGAAAAUACUAUGCCUGACUCUUUUGUGCAGAUUAAAAAAAAAAAAAAAACCAUCGCUAGCAUGGAUUAAAUACUUCUAUUUCCUUCCCUCAAGAAUUGACACAAACACCAAAAACAAAAUACUUUUUGUUUAAGCUUAGAGAAAUGAAGCAUUCUGUUUGUUUGGAAUCUUAAUUACUAUCGCCCCAAAUUUACCUAAUUAGAAGCUCUUUUAUAAUGAGGAAAAUUAUUUUCAAAGUUAAUGAAUUUGCAAGCACAAACAUUGCUGUCUUCCCAGAAUGAAUUAUUCACAUUCCUUACAUGCAUAUUUUAGUUGUACACUCUAAUUAAUAUUAGUACUUAAAAUGUGUGAGAUGGAUUUCACUGUUAAAAAAAAAACUUGCCUUUGUUUUUAGACGAUAUAAAAACACCACAAUUUUUUUCUCAUCUCAUAAACAUUGGGCUGCACAUAGAGACUAAAUUUUAGAUUUGGACAAAAUGGAAAUUAUUUCAUCAAAACUAUUCAUUUUAUUGACUUUAGCCACUUCAAGCUUGUUAACAUCAAACAUUUCUUGUGCAGAUGAAUUAAUGAUGUCCAGUCUUCACAGCAAAGAAAAUUAUGACAAAUAUUCUGAGCCUAGAGGAUACCCAAAAAGGGAAAGAAGUCUCAAUUUUGAGGAAUUAAAAGAUUGGGGACCAAAAAAUGUCAUUAAGAUGAGUACACCUGCAGUCAACAAAAUGCCACACUCAGUCGCCAACUUGCCAUUGAGAUUUGGGAGGAACGCUGAAGAAGAAAGAAGUGCUGGAGCAACAGCCAACCUGCCUCUGAGAUCUGGAAGAAAUAUGGAGGUGAGCCUCGUGAGACGGGUUCUUAACCUGCCCCAAAGGUUUGGGAGAACGACAACAGCCAAAAGUGUCUGCAGGACACUGAGUGAUUUGUGUCAAGGAUCCUUGCAUUCACCAUGUGCCAAUGACUUAUUUUACUCCAUGACCUGCCAGCACCAAGAAAUCCAGAAUCCCGAUCAAAAACGAUCAAGGUAAAUACCUGAAAACCAGUCAAAGUGCAUGGGCAGUUAUAUAGAGGUGGUCUAGAAACUUUAAAAAUGACUACACCUUUUCAACAUAAAUUUCUAAGACAGUAAGUUUCCUGGAAGGAGAGAGAGGCAAAGACACAAGGAACUGAAUACCUGUACAUUGGGAACUAUAGAAGGCCAGGUAUAAUAAGCAUGGCUCAAAGUAUAAAAUCAUAAGAUGGCUUCCCCCAAGCCACAUAUGAGCAUCAGUCUCAUUAUCCUGUAGCUGCUCACUAAGUCCAUGCAAUGACAGGAUAUUGUCUGGCGCUGGACCUCUCCCACAUAAAAAGUCUCACGGGAGAGAGUUGUUCAGGUGUAAAGGACCCCAUCUCAAUAAUCCAGGUCUCAAAUGCAGCAGGUUUUCUUUCUUGACUUUUAAUCAAAGUGUUUUCUUUUUUCUGGAUCUCAUCUUAUAAACUCUGUUAUAAUCAUUAUUUAUAUUAAUUAAGAAAUACGUAUUAUCUCCUAUGUGUAUAUCAGAAUGUAAGAUUUAAAAAUUAACAAGCUACCUACCUAUUAUUUUAUAGUAGUGUAUGCUUAAAAAAAUUUUUUUAUGUGAAGUAGAACAUGAUGCUUUAGUUGAGACCUGAAGAAAGUACAGUGGCAGACUGUGUCACCUUAUCUGAGAGACCUUCUCAGGACACUCCAGGUUUGUUCUUUUCCAUGGUAUUAUCCCCAUCUGACAUAUAUUUAGGGUCCAUGUCUUUUCCAUUUCUUUUCCAUGUGACUUAUCCCCAUCUGACAUAUAUUUAGGGUGCAUUGCCUUUAUUAGAAUUUCAGUUCUACAAAUCCCAUAAUUUUUGUCCACUGCCAUAUCCCCAGAGCCUAAAAACUGUGUCUGCCACAUAGUAGGCCCUCAAUAUUUGACAGGAUAAAUGAAAUAAGAGAGGCACUAAUAAGGUCCUGCAGAGUCAGAAAGGUCAGAAAAAAAGAGGAUGUUUCUGUAUGUGGAAACCUGCCUUUGAGAAGCAGCUUUCUCUUGAACAUUCGGAGACUGGUGGGAAGGGGGGGUCAUUUUUAGACACUAAAGCAAGGUGAGCCAAGAACAGCCGAGGCACCCUUUGGCAAGAGCAAAAUGUAUGCGAAGAGGACAGAAAGAAGGCUAGACAGAGUAAGAGCAGAGAGCGCAGAUACUGAGGACCCGGACAAGGACCUGGGGCACCAUUCAUCAGGAGAGGGAGAACCGCUGACAUUUCUGCUGAGGUUCUGGGGUGUCAUACAGAGGCACAAUUGACAGCUAAUCAGAUGUUGGGAGUGGAGCAGUAUGGAGGGAGAGAGAUGAAUCAAUGAUAAGUGUUUGGGCCUGAGUGCCCAUCACAGAUUCAGCAUCUCCCCAAUAUCUCACUCAUGUCAAGUGCAACACAAUUCAACUCAAGUAUAAUUAGGCAGUUAGGACUAUGGCUUGUAUUUGUAUGCACUCUUGCAUGCUGUUGUUCUGAUGGGUGAGAACAUUUUGUACUGCUUACAUUUUAGGAGACUGGUAUUCCAGAAAAUGAAUGAUGCAGAAUUGAAACAAGAAAAAUAAGAAACCUGGAGCCUGUCCCUAAAGCUGUGGCCUGUAAUCUACAAGUGGCUCUAUAGCAAAGACCACAAGGAAGAGCAGCUACAUACAUUUCAUCAACUAUGGAUCAUCAACGGCACUUUUUCCUUGUCAGUACGACUAUAAUAGUAUCUUGAAAGUUGUAAAAAUUUAAAGCAUAUUUGUUAUGUAAAGUUAAAAUGAUUUUUGUCUGAAUAAAAAAGAGCAUUGCAAAUGCUUUAGAAAUCUCUGGUAAUUGAGAGAGAGAGAGACAGAAGACCCUCCUCACUACCCUAUAUAAAAAUCAUAGACACAGUUACACUUAAUUAAAAAAAAAUUAAACAGAAGAGCACCCUGAAAAACAUUAUGAUGGAAAUUAAAUAAUUUUCCAGAAUAACAUGGUUGACAAAUAAGUGAACAAGGAUUACAAAUCACUUAUAAACAUGUUUCUGUACACCCUUUCUAUUGUGUCAAAUGUUAAUGAAUCUGUGAUCAAUUGAAAUGUAAGUGUCAUGUAAUACUACAAAAUAAAAACUCUUAGACUUUAGGGAGAUAAAAGAAAAAGGAAACUAUGAGUUACCUCUUUUAGUGUCUCCUCUGUCUACAUCCAGAAAUUUGCUUCUGGUGAGUUUCUUUUCUCCUCAUUUAACAUUUCAAGUUUUUGGUUUGCAAAAAGAUCUGGCUACUCCUCAACUAAGAAUUUAUAAAUUCAGUACACCACAACACAAAUGCACAGUGACGUGCCUUUAAUCCUGAGGAUAUGAAGUCCUUAAUCAGAUAUAACUAGUUUAUUGAACAGUCUCAACUCCACCGGGCGCACACAGGAAAUUGUUUUAUUUUUCUCCCAUUGUGCCCCCCGCUGGGCUGUGUUGAAUCUCCUGCCCCUGCUGAUCAAAGUUCCCUUAAUGAUACCCUGGACAUACUGCAUAACUCCCUCAGUCACUUCCUGAUAUUAAAAAACUUUGUCAAGUCCAGUUGAAGACACCAACCUCAUAUCCAAAAAUAAAAUGUCCCCACCCACCCCCAUGUCUGGCUGGGCUGGAGGAAAGGCCUAAAGGGAAAGGGGCAGGUCUGCUCUUUCUCCCUUCCUCCCCUUUCUCGCCUGAGAGGUAGGGUGCUGGGAGGGAACAUGGUAGGCUCUGAAAAACAAUCUCCCCUCCUAUCUUCUCCAGGGCACAGGAGGAAUGGGGAUAGUGGGGAUGGUCAAGAGAAGCGGUCUCCUCCUCUCUAUAUAAAGUUGCUGCUUCUACAAAAGCAUUCUUCGGGAAGACUUGCAGGGGCCUUCACACAGGUCACCUACCUGGGGGCUCUGGAUGCUACUUGAUCUCUUCCAGCUACCCCCGUCUCAUCUGUUCUCCCCAUAGUUUCUAUUGCCAGACAGAAAGGCUCAAGCCAGCCACCCUCCCAGUACCCGCUUGAUGCAUAGAGAAUACAGACAUCCCAGCCAGCCCAAGGGUGGACUGCAGGUUGCCACUCCACUGUCCCCCGUUGUCUCCACCCCUCUUGUCCCUGUUUAGGAGGGGGCAGGCCGGUUAUAAGCCUACUGUCUAAGCAAGCAGCCAGUCAGAAGUAGCAUGCAGUGCGCCUGUCAAAACCCCAUAUUCUAGAAGUGGUUUUCUAGGAACCACUCUUACUUGGCUUCUUGGGGGAGCAGCAACUGCAGCAGGCCCCCUCCAAGGCAGACUCUCAUAUCUGCACAUGUUGGAAGGGCACGGCCAAGGCAGGGAGGGCUGCUGUGGCUCUGCCAGGUCUUAGCAAACCACGAGCAGGUGUCUGGCUCCCACCAUCCAUGGUUCUCUUUACUUAGCAUCUCUUCUAAAGUAUUUAGCCUCUCCGUACACCUCCAGUUGUGGUCCCCAGUUGCCAAUUCUGAGUGACAGAGAGAGUAUCCUGCAACAUCCUGCUACACUAAUAAAUAAAAGACCACCUGGUCCCGUGAGAGUGUAUGACACAGGGAAACUUCUUGUCAUAGAAAUGGGUUCUUUACCUAAGCCCCUAAUCUACGGGAAAUGUUAGCUGAAUAACCAACUGUUGGCUGUCCCCUCAUCUGCUUGGCUUAUUCUGUUGUGCCACCACACCAGCUCCUUCACCAGCUUCCAUAAGAACCCCACUCACGUAACUCAAUGUGGAGCUUGUGAUUUUGCAGAGGAUUUGCGGGAUUGCACGGUACAGCAUUUCACUGGGCAAGUCUCCAUCAGGCCUCUUCCGGGUCCCUCAUUAACUGGACCACUGGCAAGUUCCCCUCCUCUCUGAUCUCUGUUAUUCACUCCAGAGUGGCUUCAUGCGUGUGCAAUCCCUGCAGUCACACAAAGCCCCACGCUUGGCUCAGUGUUCUGCUGUCACUGUCUUGAAUUUCUUAAGUAUUUCAAGGGGCCCCACAUUUAUAUUUUGCACUGAACCCUGCAUAUCAUGUAGCCUGUCUUGCUUCCCGCAGACUCAGCCCUGCUGGAUCCCACAACACCCUUGUUUGUUAGUCAGAGCAGCUUCCAUUUUCUACAUCGAACCCAAAAGCCGGCUUCAUGCAGACCUGCGAGGUCUGCUUCCAUCCUACAGUGGGUACAAAAUAUAACUGUAUGAUUCAUGAAGUGUGCUCAAAAUGCAAAUUUAUUUUUGUGCCCCACUGCCGCUUUCUAAUACAAGGGAUGGGGAAGAGGGUGUGCAGAAAUCUUCCUCUGACUCUCAGUGAAAACUUGGCCAGAUGCCAUGAACUUCACUUCUCUCUUAAGUAAUGUCAAGCCUUUGGCCUCUCUGAGUCAAAAACACACAGUCUCAAUGCCAUUGUCAUCAACCUUUCAGCCUGCAUUCAGCUGCUCAUACAUUCAUUCUGCACCCUUCCCUUGUUGAGGCCUAAGUCUGGAGACAGGACCGUGGUUGGCUUCUGUUCUCUCUUCCACCCUCAUCUGCUCCUUCUCUCCCUGGCUGCCUUUGGGACUGCACUGGGAGUUAAGAGAAUUUGGGAUGAGAGGAAAGGGGAUGAGGUAGUUCUCACCUGAAUGGACUUACUCUCAGGACUCAGGGGAUGGCGCUGCCAACCAUUACUGGACCCUCUCCCUGCCAUUCUGUCGUACUGUGAAACCUUCCAGGCCCCACCGUGGCCUCGGCCCUCAGCCCUGGGGCACGGGCAUCCACUCCAUACAUGCUUAUUUCUCUUCCGGGGUCCUCUUGAGUAGGACUUGAAACAUCUCCAGGAACUCUCUGCCUGCCGCAGCCUGUGUCUGGUUGUGCGCAGCUGACCCUCCACACCUGGCUGUGAUCCCAAAUGGCUCCUCUGUCCUGCUGCUCCCAGGCUCUUCAGCCUUUUUGGCUUUUGUUUUUCUCAACCUCAUAGAAUAUAUUUCCUUAUCCUGUGGAAGCCCCUCCCUGAUGAAGGGUGAGGAAGCAGUAAUUCCAGACC